AUGCCAGCAGCUACGUCUGCUCCAUGUGGUGUGUUCUUGCCAAACUUCAGUGGUUCUCUUACAUCUUCUACGCCUUCUCCUUCUGAUGCCUCUAGUCUUGCUAAUCUUGAUGGCUUUGGUGCUGGCGCUGUCUGUAACGACGUGUGUGAGACUCAAGAAGCAGAAUCGAAUCAGCUUAUCAGUUCGGUAAACUGGAGCCUGCUGACAAGUGCUGGCUACCCCCAACUCCAUAUGGGUUCCUCCAAGUCCAUCUCGCCUCAUUUGGAAGGCCUACUGCUGCAUAAAUCCUGUUGGGAUAAACCUGCGUUGGUUCGAAUAGAUUGCCAGUGGCAAUUUUAG